AUUUUCUAUAUAUAUCUCCUUUGCAGGAUGAGGGCAGCAACGCGGAGAGCUGCCUUGAGGCCUUCAGCAGCUGCAUGGUCUCGCAAUCUCGAGUUCCACGGACAAGCUUCGAGGUUUUGGGGUCCAGCCCCGGUGCUGGCAUCUGCGUCUACCUCUUCGACCCAUCUAGGCAGACGGUCAAUACAGUCUCAUCAGCCAAACAGGGCGGCGCAAGCCAUCGCCGCCUCCCGAGAACCUUCCGAGCAGCGAACGUACGAUUCCUCGAACCCGGCCCUGUCGUUUCCAUGCUUAGAUGCGUUGGAGGCGAAAUCUGCUCUCUUAUCCGCGAGAUCCCUCUCUUCAGGACCAGAACCCUCAUACACAACAGGUCACCAUGAACAGUUCCGUUCGCGGGAGCCCUUGCUGCUGGACUGGGGCGGCGUGCUUCCGGAGUUCGAGAUCGCGUACGAGACAUGGGGGACGCUGAACUCGCAGAGGAGCAAUGCCAUACUCCUGCACACUGGUCUAUCGGCAUCGAGUCAUGCACAUAGCACCAAGGCGAACCCAAAGCCCGGUUGGUGGGAGAAAUUCAUCGGUCCCGGGGCGCCGUUGGACACGAAUAAAUAUUUCGUCAUCUGCACAAAUGUGAUCGGCGGCUGCUUUGGUAGCACAGGACCCUCGUCGAUCGACCCGUCGGAUGGCAAGCGCUACGCCACGAGGUUCCCUAUCCUCACGUUGGAUGACAUGGUUCGGGCGCAGUUCCGAUUGCUGGAUUCCCUGGGUGUCUCCAAACUAUACGCUUCGGUGGGGUGCAGUAUGGGCGGAAUGCAGAGUCUAGCGGCAGGAGUCUUGUUCCCGGAACGAGUGGGUAGAAUCGUCAGCAUCAGCGGCUGCGCUCGGAGCCAUCCUUACAGCAUCGCUAUGCGACACACGCAGCGCCAGGUCCUCAUGAUGGAUCCCAACUGGGCUCGCGGCUUCUACUACGAUUCCAUCCCCCCUCAUUCAGGCAUGAAGCUGGCGCGCGAAAUCGCCACGGUAACCUACCGCAGCGGGCCGGAGUGGGAAAAACGGUUUGGCAGGGCACGCGCCGACCCAAGCAAGCAACCCGCCCUCUGCCCAGACUUUCUCAUCGAAACCUACCUAGACCACGCUGGCGAAAAGUUCUCUCUAGAUUACGAUCCAAACAGCCUUCUGUACGUCUCCAAGGCGAUGGAUCUGUUUGAUCUCAGCCGCUCCCAGCAGCAAGCGACCCGUCAGCGGCGGGUGAAAAAUGAGGAGAGAAUCUCCUCAAGCUCGCGGCCGCCUCACAACGAUCCAUCAUGCAGUCUUACGCUCCCCGCGAAACCCUACGAAGAGCAACCCGCCGAGCUAAGCGACCUCGCGUCAGCAGACUCUGCCUCUUCCCCUUCGUCUUCCUUUCAGCUUUUUCAGCCCCCUCCGGACCUAGUCGCUGGUUUGACGCCGCUGAAGGACCAUCCCAUCUUAGUUAUGGGCGUGGCAAGCGAUAUCCUUUUCCCGGCGUGGCAGCAGCGGGAGAUUGCAGAUUCGCUCCGAGCGGCAGGGAGCGAGAAAGUCAAGCACGUGGAGUUGGGGGAGGACGUAUCGUUGUUCGGCCACGACACAUUCUUGCUUGAUCUGAAAAAUAUUGGGGGUCCGAUACAACAAUUCUUGCAGUGA